AUGCACAGUGCAGACGGCCAGAUGCUCCUUACAAACAAGGUGUCCAUCCUAAAACGUUGGUCGGAGUAUUUCCACGCCCUCUUCAGUGCUAAUCGCUCGGUCCAGGAACCAGCAAUUCUCCGCAUACUCCAACAACCAAAAAUUUUCAGAAAAAAGGAAACCCAGAGACGAAACCCAACUGGGCUUUUUGAAAUGAAAGUCAAUAGUAUUGCAAAACUUGAAGAAAGAAUGAAUCUGACUAGACAGUGUCUGGACAACUACAGUGUUAUUCAAAGUGGACGGCCAAUUCAGUGUGGCCAUGUUUUCAGAGAAUUUUCUGCAAACAAGUCAGUAAAAGAGGUUGUAAAAUGGGCUGCCUUGAAAAAUGGCCAAAAUGAUCAUCCUUCACUUCUUCCUCUUACAGUCAAGAAACUUUAUAACUGGUACAAAAGCAGGUAUUUAGGGCAUUUUCAAAUAUUUGAAAAUAAAUGUAAAGAGGUGGCCCAUGCUGUAUACCCAAAGUAUGUUUCUCUAAGAUUCCCGAUUACUUCUUCUACUGACAUCCCGGGAGCUUCUUCUACCGACAUCCCGGGAGCUUCUACCGACAUUCCGGGAGCUUUUACAGAUACACAGAAUACAAGUCACAUUGCCUUUGAGCAUGGUUGUCAAGAAAAGAAAUUGAAUCUCUGA